AUGAGCGGCCUCGCUACCAAGCAGCAGUCGCUCAAGCUCUUUGAGAAGCUCAAGUCCAAGCAGGCUAAUAAGAUCUGCUUCGACUGCGGUCAAAAGAACCCAACAUGGACCUCCGUUCCUUUUGGCAUCUACCUCUGCCUCGAUUGCUCGGCCCACCAUCGCAACCUCGGUGUCCACAUCUCCUUUGUUCGGUCUACUAACCUCGACCAGUGGCAAUGGGACCAGCUCCGCAUCAUGAAAGUUGGCGGAAACGAGUCCGCGACCAAGUUCUUCCAGUCCAACGGCGGGUCUGCCGCGCUGAACAGCAAGGACCCCAAGACCAAGUACAGCUCCACUGCUGCGACCAAGUACAAGGAGGAACUCAAGAAGAGAGCCGCGAGGGACGCCAAGGAGUUCCCCGAAGAGGUCGUUCUUGAGGAAGGUGGCGACGCCGCCGAGGCACCCGCCGAAGAGGAAGAUGACUUCUUCUCAUCUUGGGACAAGCCGGCCAUCAAGAAGCCUACACCGCCAAUUUCACGAACCGCCACCCCUCCCGUUGUCGGGCGCACCGCCUCUCCAUUAAGCAGCGCAGCCCAGAACGGCAAGGAUAUUUCGCGUACCGCCUCCCCUCUGGCUAAGACCGAUGGUGAGUCCAAGCCUGCUGCCGGCCGCAUCGUCACCUCUUCCAGCUUGAAGAAGACAACUACUGGGCCCCGCAAGGCCAACGUCCUCGGCGCGAAGAAGGUCGCAACCAAGCUCGGCGCAAAGAAGUUGGGUGGCGAUGUGGUCAUUGAUUUUGACGAGGCGGAGAAGAAGGCUAAGGAGGAGGCUGAGCGUAUCGAGAAGCUGGGCUAUGAUCCCGAAGCUGAAGAACAGAGCUCCAAGGCCGCCGCUGCCAAGAAGGAUACCGGUGCUGCCAUUUUAUCUCCCACACCUGUGAGCUCGGCUCGGAGUGGUGGAUACGGUUCGGCUUCUCACACAAGGGAAAAGUCGGCUUCGGAGAUGGAGCGUUUGGGUAUGGGUAUGGGCAGACUUGGAUUCGGGCAGAUUGGUGCCCAGAAGGCUGCCGCCGCUGCUUCCACAGCAAAGAAGAACGCUGGUGGCUUCGGGUCUGUUGGACCUAUCAAGGGCAAUGUUGAUGAUGAUGACAAUGACAACUACGCCCGCAAGAAGUUCGGCACUCAGAAGGCCAUUUCUUCAGACGAAUUUUUCGGCAAGGGCAUGUUCAACGCUGAGGCACAGGCUGAAGCCAAGUCCCGCCUGGGCGGUUUUGAGGGUGCCUCUGCUAUCUCUUCGAAUGCAUACUUUGGGCGUGAGGAGUCUGACGAUAUGCCCGGCGGCGGCAUGGAUGAUUAUGGUGACUUGGAGAGCGCCGCGAAGGAUUUUGUCAGGAGGUUCGGCAUUACUGCUGGCGACGACCUCGAGAACCUAACGCAUCUGCUUGGGGAGGGUGCUGGGAGGUUGCAGGGAGCCAUCAGGGCUUAUUUAGGGAACUAG